GGACUCAGCCACUCUCACUUCCCAGUCUCACAGCACACCAUGGCAGGACGAGAAGCCACCGGAGUAGAAGAGCUCACGCUUCUGGGCGUGUGGGCGAGCCCGUUCGUGAUCAGGGCGCGCGCCGCGCUGAACCUGAAGGGCCUCGCCUACCGAUAUGUCGAGGACGACCUCAACAGCAAGAGCGAGCUCCUCCUCGCCUCCAACCCUGUGCACAAGAAGGUGCCGGUGCUCCUCCACGACGGCAGGGCCGUGUGCGAGUCCCUCGUCAUCUUGGAGUACCUCGACGAGGCGUUCCCAUCCCGCGGCCCGCACCUCCUCCCCGACGACCCGUACGACCGCGCCGUCGCUCGGUUCUGGGCCUCCUACGUCGACGACAAGCUGUUCAGCACGUGGAUACCCGUUUACAACGGCAGGACGAGAGAGGACAGGGUCGAGGCGGCGAGGCAGGUCGUGGCCGUCCUGGAGAAGUUUGAGCAGGCGCUCGAGGAGUGCUCCGGGGGCAAGGCGUUCUUCGGCGGGGACGGCGUCGGGCUCGUGGACGUCGUGCUGGGCGGCUUUCUCGGGUGGCUGCGCGCGUCCGAGGCCAUGUGCGGCGUGAGGGUCUUGGACCCCGCCAAGACGCCGCUCCUGGUGGCGUGGGCGGACCGGUUCGGCGCGCUCGACGGCGUCGAGGAGGUGAUACCUGGCGUGCAGAGGCUGCUGGAGUAUAACAAGAUGAGGCGGGCCCUCCGUGGGCUACCGUACAUACAAACUUCCCAUUGUAUUGUGUUCCUCAAGGAAACACGAGAGAAUAAUACGAUGGCGGGCAAGGAGGAUCUGAAGCUGCUCGGCCUGCUGGUGAGCCCGUUCGUGGUCCGGGUGCGCAUGGUGUUGAGCAUGAAGGGCGUGAGCUACGAGUACGUCGAGGAGGACCUGAAGAACAAGAGCGAGCUCCUGCUCAAGUCGAACCCGGUGCACAAUAAGGUACCCGUGCUCAUCCACAACGGUAAGCCUCUGUGUGAGUCGCUCGUCAUCGUGCAGUAUGUCGACGAGCUGUUUCCCGGCCCGUCCAUCCUCCCCACCGAUCCCUACGCGCGCGCCACUGCUCGCUUCUGGGCCGCCUACAUCGACGACAAGCUAUUUCCGGCGUGGUAUGGCGGCAUCGUUAAGGCCAAGACGGAGGACGAGAGGGCGGAGAAGGUGACUGAGACGCUUGCCGCUAUCGCGCAAAUCGAGGAGGCCUUCGCCAAGUGCAACGAGGGCAAGGCUUUCUUCGGCGGCGACUCCAUCGGGUACCUCGACAUUGUGCUCGGCUCCUUCUUGUUCUGGUUCGAGGCGGUGCGCAGGAUGUACGGAGUCGAGAUCAUUAGCGCAAGCAAGACUCCGCUCUUGGCCGCGUGGGCGGAGCGAUUCCGGGAAAGUGCGGAGGCGAAGGAAGUGGUGCCGGGGGCGGACGAGGCCUUGCAAUUUGUCAAUAAGUUCGCUGCCGCUGCGGCUGCCGCCAAGUGAAUUGGGCCGUGUUUAGUUGGGGAAUUUGGGAGGUGCCAAAUUACUGUUACAGCACUGUAGCACACUGUAGCGUUUCGUUUGUAUUUGUGAAUUAUUGUCCAAAUAUUGACUAAUUAGGCUUAAAAGAUU